UAGAGGUACUGGAACUCGCAAAUUAUUCUGAUUUUCUUUCGUCUAUCGAAUCAAAUCCCGCCGAUCGGACGGUUUCAAGGAAGAGAGGGAGUGAUGACAACAUGACAUGAUAUAUCAGCCUUCAGGGGAGAAGAGCAAAGAAACUUGAAAAGAUACAGAGAGGGAGAGAGAUGGUGUGCUGGAGUUCAACGAUAUUCACUACGACUCCCCCGUUAUCAUCCUCAUUCCAGAUCAAAGCAUUUUUACUGGUUUCAAGAAAUAGGCCUCCUUUUACCCGACGACUCUCUGCUUCUCAGCCCAUCGAACCCCUCUCAUUUCCACUUGUCUUCAAUUCUUCUAAAUGCUCUACCCUAGUCUCCCACGGCGGGUCCUCUACGAUUCCCUCUUCCACCCCAACCCUUGUACUGCCUGAAGAAGGCAGUGGCUAUGAAGGUGACGACGACGACAACAACAACAACAACAAUAAUAACAAUAAUCAUAACAACAAGGACAAUCGUGGUUGGGGUCCUUUUGAUUUCGGUGGUGGUGGGUGGCAAGAUGGUUUUCCUCUGGCUCCGCUUCUCUUUCUGUGCUCUCGAGUGCUUCGUCAGGAGGGCUACGAUGCUUGUUCGAUAUGGAAAUCCAGGGAUGCCUUCCUCUUUCUCCUUUCCGUGUUGGGUUGCAUCUGGAAGUCGCAGCUGGGCUCAUACGCCCUCGCAAGAGCCGUUCCUGAGGUUGCUUGGGAGGUAAGAGGUGGGAAAUGGAUAAGACUCCAGCCUGACCCUUCUAAGGAUGAUUUCAUCGUUGGUGAUGGAAGGAAGACUUUGUCUCUUGGACCCAAUUUGUUGGUGGAUUGCUGGGAUGUGUUCCUGCGUCUUAUGCUUCCAGAGGGUUAUCCCCAGAGUGUUAGCAGUGAUUACAUGGAGUACACUCUCUGGAGAGGUGUCCAGGGGAUCGCCAGCCAAAUUAGCGGUGUCCUUUCCACCCAGGCUCUGCUUUAUGCUGUUGGAUUGGGAAAGGGUGCUAUUCCAACCGCAGCUGCCAUCAGUUGGGUGCUAAAGGAUGGAAUUGGGUACCUCAGCAAAAUUAUGUUAUCCAAGUAUGGCCGUCAUUUCGAUGUGAACCCUAAAGGGUGGAGGUUGUUUGCCGAUCUUCUGGAAAAUGCUGCCUAUGGAAUGGAGCUUUUGACUCCUGUCUUUCCUCAGCUCUUCAUAUUAAUUGGUGCAGCCGCUGGGGCUGGUCGAUCUGCUGCAUCAUUGAUUCAGGCUGCCACUAGGAGUUGCUUCUACGCAGGCUUUGCUGCUCAAAGAAAUUUUGCUGAGGUGAUUGCAAAGGGUGAAGCUCAAGGAAUGAUUAGCAAAUCGAUUGGUAUAAUGCUUGGUAUAGCAUUAGCAAACUGCAUCGGCACCUCCACAUCUCUAGCUCUUGCUUCUUUCACUAUAGUAACUGGGGUCCAUAUGUUUUGCAAUCUGAAGUCAUACCAAUCAAUUCAAUUAAGGACUCUAAACUCAUAUCGUGCAAGUUUGGUCUUCAGUGAAUAUCUACUCAGUGGCCAAGUUCCUCCUAUUAAAGAGGUCAAUGACGAGGAACCACUGUUUCCUGGUCUGCCACUUCUUAAUGUUAAACCCAUCUGUAAGGCACAAUCGCAAGUACUCUCAGUAGAAGCCAAAGAUGCGGCAGCUCAAAUUGAGUGCCGUCUGCAGCUUGGAUUCAAACUUAGUGAAGUUAUCAACAGCAAGGAGGAUGCACUGGCCUUGUUUGAUCUGUACAAAAAUGAUGGCUAUAUGUUGGCAGAGCACAAUGGCAGAUUCUGUGUAAUACUUAGAGAGGAUUCUUCACCGCAAGACAUGCUGAAGUCACUGUUCCAUGUCAAUUAUCUAUACUGGCUGGAGAAGAACAUGGGAAUUGAGUCAGGAAGUGUUGCUAAUGACUGCAGGUUUGGAGGAAGGCUGCAAAUAUCUUUGGAUUAUGUGCAGAGGGAAUUCAACCAUGUCAAACAUGAUGGGAAAUUGGCUGGAUGGGUCACUGAUGGGCUCAUUGCAAGGCCAUUAGCAAACAGAAUUCGCCCAUCCUAUGCCCCCUCUGCUGUAAUAAGUUGAUUGAAGCUGUGUUUCAGUCUACAAUCACGAUCACAGUAUUCCAUGAGAGCAGAAAAUGCUGAAAAAGGCAGGCCACUUGCUCAAAGAUGAUAGCUUCACAGCUGCUUCAAAUCAGUUGCUCGUGUUGAUUACUGGCUUGGUGUUGCCAUUGCAAGUCUUGGGACUUCAGACUUUAAAGGCAGGAUCUUAUGACCAUAACAUUCGAACUUUCCCUCCAUCAUGAUGACCUGGGCAACCAAUUGAGGCUUGGAUCAGAUGUGCAAGAAGGGACAAGAAAUCGAGGAUUUUCCAGAUGACCCUUGCUCACAUUUAGUUAAGCGUAUUUGUUGAGCUGUGCAGGACAACUAGAUGUGCUAUGUUUGAAUUUCAUUGUAUAGUGCGCACUAUAUUGUUCUUUCUACGUUUUAAAAUGACAUUUCUUUUUCCCUUUU